GGUAGGGGCACCGGGACAGUUAUCUAAGAGGUUGAUGAUGAAAAUGGAGAAGGAGGUUAGUGACAGUGGCACUGUCACUGACCUCCCUUUCCACAGUAAGGGGAAUGGUGGGGAGAAGAACAUUGGGGAGAGGUUAAUGAGGAGAAUCUAUGACGGCUAUAGGUUUUUGACGGUUAUCUGCACUAGUACAGGAUAGUUGGUCACAGAGAAGAACGUCAAGAUUGAAAUGCUAGAGAUGAGGAAAUAAACAUUCUAGCACAUGGAAAUUGCCUUUGGAUUAGCCAUCGCCUAGUAGGAGGAUCCCAUAUAGUCGUGCUGUAGUUGCGUUACUUUUUAAAUUGAUAACUUUUGUCAUUGGACAUAGCAGGCGUAGUUUCGGUUCAUCCGAAGUAUUUGCACAGGUCGCGCAACGCUUAGCUACACACUUGAACCGCCCAACGGCGCAUUUGAAUCUGGAAUUUUAUCAAAACUGAAGGUAUCAGAAUCGCGCACAUGACAAAAGGAGUAGCAUUGAGUCUACUGAUGAUGACGUAUUAGCAUAAUGAUGACGUAGUAGCAUAUAAUGAGCGAACGAGCAAUCUGAUGAUGACGCAUUUUUAGCUUUACUAUGUUCGAAGGACGAUGGAGGUCUGAGGAAGACGUCUUUGAUUCUUCUACGUGAUUGUUAUCCAGAUAAUACGUGGAUAGAUAUGAAUGAAAGCGGAAGAGCUAGAAGGC